AUGACGUCUUCCAAAGUUGAUAUUGAACAUGAAUUUUAUCCUUGUUGUCUUACUUGGACUAGUAUUCCAGUAAUUUCGUGGUUUUUUCCAUUUAUUGGACAUACAGCAAUAUGUGAUAUGGAAGGCGUACACCAUGAUUAUAGUUUUCCUCACAUUAUACACUCAGGUAAACAAACUAUUUUAGGAAGAACAUUUAAAUAUCUUCCAAUUAUUUAUGGAGAAGGGAUAAACGAUAAUGACUUUAAAGAAGCAAUUGAUAAAGCAAAUAAAAAAUGGAAACAUGUAAUGCACAAAUAUAUUAUUGAUAAUUGCCAUGAUUAUUGUGUAGAUAUUUUAAAUAGUGUGAAGUAUAAAGGGAAAUCAAAUUGGAAUGACUUUACAUUAGUCUUUGAAAUAUUUUUCCAUUCAAUUUAUGUCAAUAAAAAAAGACAUCUUGCAACUUAUAUUCCUUCAUUAUGUUUAUGGAUGUUUAUACUUCUUUGUGUAAUCGGUUUCAUUAUAGUUUUACUGUAUCAAAACCAUAUUUUUUAA